CAUUUUAUGUGUAACAAUAUGCAUAAAGUAUCCAAUUAGAGGUCGCAAAUAGGGAAAAAUAUUUGGUAAAAGUAAUGCGAGACACAAACGAUGUGAUUCCAGUUUGCGGCUAAGUUCAAGCGGAUCUAAAUAAAUAGACGUUUUGGUGAUUAGGUGUUUUGCGUGUGAUUGUGUAACGUUAAAAAGUGUGUUAAAGUGCACGUAAACAAAAUAAUGUCGGAGUCGAGAGUGUCCUGAAGAUGGGGGCGAAGGACUCGAAACGUUCGUGUCUGAGCUACGAGGAUGCGGUCAAAAGAGUGAGCGAUCAGGAGUUGAAGAGGGUUUGCGAGGCGUUCAAGCGAUUGACGAACGGCGGUCAGUUGUUGAGUCGCGCCGCCUUCGUCCAGAAUGUUUUGGGUGACGGUGUGCCGGCCACGAUCGCCGACUGGCUUUACAACGCGUGCGGCGGCGGCGCCAAGGGCAUCGCACUCCGCGAUCUCAUCUGCGGCCUCGUCCUCCUCACCAAGGGCACCCAGGAGGAGAAAAUUAGAUUCCUCUGGACGUUGUACAGCAACGAUUCGGGCACGUACGUGUCGAAGGCCGAGUUCCAGUGUCGUUUACAGGAAGAGGGAGUCGUUCCGAAGGUUUCGUGGGACAGGACUCUCAUAUCGCUGUUCGGCGUGGGACAGGACAAGGCGGGAUUCGAGGAGUUCCGAGCCUGGAUCGGCUACAACACCGAGGCCACCGUUCUUUCAGCAUGGUUACUGUCGCAUCCAUGCGUUUCGCUGAGUUCCGAAGUGGAAACGCCCACCUUCUACCAGACGUUGGCGGGCGUCACGCAUCUGGAGGAGCAGGACAUUUGCGAGCUGGAGAAAUGUUUCUGGGCGAUCCAGAGCGGCUCGGCGACCGGCCACUUGGACCUGAACUGUCUUCAAUCCCUCGUCUGUCCGCCCGUUCCUCAGAAAACGUGUCGGGGCUUGUUCCUCGCCUUGGACGUCAACCGGGACGACCACGUCGACUUCAAGGAGCUGUGCUGUGGAAUAUCCGCCGCCUGUCGCGGACCGAUGGUCGAGAGGAUGAAAUUUUGCUUCAAGAUAUUCGACAUGGAUCGAGACAACUAUCUGUCCGCGGACGAGGUCCAACACAUGGUGGAAACGUUGCGUUUCAUCGCGCAGGAGAACAAGUUAACUUACGCGAGCGGUCACGUGAUCACGUGUCCGGAGACGCCGGACAGAGACGAACACUCGAAAACGAUCGAUUCGUUGAACGUUAAAAUUGACUCGGACGGCGGCCUAACGCAGGAGGACUAUCUGGUGUGGAGCGUCAAGAACAACAGUCUGUUGGCGCCUCUGUUGGAACUGUUGUUCCAAGUUUGUCACGUGUCGCUGGGCUUGAAACCCUACUGCAGACACAACGAGUACGAGAUCGUGAUGGGAUGGCUGGAGAGGGAGCAACGGCGUGGAUACUACGUGGGCCAGUUCUGGUAUCUCAUUUCGACCGAAUGGUGGCAGAACUGGGUCUCGUACACGACCGCCCCCAAAACUCACGGCGACCAUUGCAACUGUCGUCCCCAAAUCGAGGAGGGCAUCGUCUGCGACGAGAGUCUGAUCAGCAACGCGACCGAUUGCACGUCGCCCUCCAUAUCCAACGAGUUCAACUCGAACAGUAUGGAAUCCAUGGGCGAUUUGUUGAGUCGAGGAGACAGCUGCAGCAUCGCGUCCAGCUCGGGAGUGUCGAGCAGUUCGGCCGGUUCCAAGCGCAGUCACAACGUUCCCGGACCGAUCGACAAUUCCAAUUUGGUCGAGGAGUCGCCGUACAAAGUGCCGACGUUAACCGGAGAGGGAGGUAGAUUGAGGAGGGACAGGACUUUGGCGCAGGACCGUGACUUCGUCCUCGUGCCGGACUCCCUGUGGAAGGCUCUGGCCCUGUGGUACGGAGGUCCUUUGCCUUUGCCGAGGCAAGUCAUUAAGCCGCCGGGAAAGAACGAAGUCGAAUUGGAAUUGUAUCCUCUAAACUUGAGAAUAUUGAGACACCAGAUGCAAAAUCAAGGCGGAGGAUCGACGGGCACUUGGAGCAGCGUUGUCGGAGGGUACGGAGCGGCCGCCUUGAGUACGGCGGGACUGAACGCUUCUCCGGUGACGGCCGUUCAAAGACGUCAACUAUCCCAUACCGCCGCUUUCUCGCGUCUGGCCACCGUUCAACAGGUGGCCGAUUUUCUGUGCGCCCGUCUCGCACUUCGUACCGAAGACGCCCGCCUCUGGCAUCUGCGCGAUCACGCCAGUCUGUUGGACGACGACAACGCCACGCUUCAAGACUUGGGCUUCAGAGACUCGGAUCAGAUACUAAUUGAGGUGAGGAACAAGGAUCUGACGUGGCCGGAGGAAAUGGGCCAGUUGGUGGCGAGUGGCGGCCACGAACUGAGCGUCGAACGUCGUCCCACCAUCUGUCUGCCGCCGGGCGCCACCGGUCUCCACAACUUGGGCAACACGUGUUUCAUGAACGCCGCGCUGCAAGCGGUCUCCAACACUCGACCCUUGACCCAAUACUUCCAGAGGGACAGACAGCUCAGCGAGCUGAACACUUCCAAUCCGUUGGGGACGAAGGGAGUGGUGGCAAGGAAGUAUGCGGAGUUGUGCAACGAAUUGUGGGCGGGAUCAACGAGGAGUGUGGCUCCACUGAAAUUGAGGGUGUGCGUCUCGAAGCACGCGCCUCAUCUGGGCGGCGGCGGCCAACACGAUUCGCAGGAAUUGUUGGCGUGGCUUUUGGACGCGUUGCACGAGGAUUUGAAUCGAGUGACGAAGAAGCAGUACACCGAACUGAAAGAUAGCGGUGGGCGGCCGGACGAAAUCGUUGCGGAGGAGGCCUGGCAGCAGCAUUUGGCCAGAGAUCAUUCCAUCAUCACCGAUCUCUUUUACGGCCAGUUGAAGAGUAAAGUCACAUGCCAGACGUGUGGCCACGAAUCUGUUCGUUUCGACGCCUUCAACUUGCUCAGUCUGCCUUUGCCGAUGGAGAGUUACACUCUCUGCGAAGUUCUGGUUGUUCGAUUGAACGGCGAAUGUCCCACCAAAUACGGCUUGAGACUAAACUCGGAAGCCCGCUACGGCGAGCUGAAGGAACAGCUGCGUCAUCUGAGCGGAAUCGGCGCGCACAGGUUGUUGCUGGCCGAAGUGGCCUACUGCCAGAUCAAAUACGUGCCGUCGGACGAGGCGAGGAUCAAUCCCAACACCGCGACCGAAUUGUACGGCUACGAACUGCCGAGGAACACUUCGAUGGCCGAGACCGAAGAUGGGGAGACGGACGAACGCGAAACAGAGGCGGAUUCGGGUGUCGGCGAGAGUCCGUUGGGGCGCGUGCCCGAGGUAAGAGGUGGCGUUUCGGCCCUAUGCAUGCCCAUCAAACUGUGCUUUAAGAAUGUGAAACCGACAAGUCAAAGUAAUAACAAACCGGAAUCUCGACUCACCAACGGAGCCGCGUUCAAAAAAUCGUCCGUAUCUAUAAACUCGUCGAACAGCACCGCAUCAGGAAACUCUUCAGAUUCGAACUACAAGUUCCCGACGUAUUUGGUGGGCGUACAUCGGAAGUGCGUGCGACAAGAGACGUACUUUUUGUCGCAGCAAAAGAGCAAACCGAGUCUGUUCGGUCUGCCGUUGUUGCUGGGCUGUUCGCAAACCACAACGUGUCAAGAUCUGUACCAGGAGGUCUGGGGACAAGUGACCAGACUGUUGAGUCCCUUGCCUCAGAGCGAUCAGACCAACCACGCUCAGGACUGCGACGAUUCGUUGGGCUACGAGUUUCCGUUCACGUUAAAAGCAGUUUUGCAGGGCGGACAAAUAUGCGCACUGUGUCACUGGACGCAGUUUUGCCGGGGCUGCGCACUUCCGUGUUCCGAGGACGAGUUGCUCUUCGAAAAGUGCAAAUCUGCGAUGCUUUCCGGUUCGAACAUGCACAUUGCCAUCGACUGGGACCCGACUGCGUUGCAUCUCAGAUACCAAACCAACAGAGAGAAGUUGUCGAUCGAACACGAAUCGGUGGCGACUUGCAGAAAGCUACACACGGAGCCCAUAGAUUUGGAUUAUUGUCUGAGGGCGUUCACUUCUGAGGAGAGACUGGAGGCAAAGUAUCAUUGUAGCAAUUGCCAGGACAAACAACCGGCCACCAAGAAGUUACAGAUUUGGAGACUUCCCCCGAUCCUGAUUAUUCAUUUGAAACGGUUCGACUACGUCAACAACAAAUGGGUCAAGACGCAAAAAGUGGUCAACUUCCCGUUUAAAGACUUCGACCCGACCGCAUAUUUGGCGAGCAUCCCGCAAGAAACGAUCCUACGUCACAGGCAGCUGCAAGAGAAUAACGCGACGAUAAACGAAUUGGAAACGUCCUGCGACAGCCAAACGACGACGACCACCAACGAACGGAUACCCGAAGAGCAACAGUCGGGAGGAAUCGAUGACGUUGUUUCGACCACCGAAAAGUGCAAGUUAUUGAGCGACAAGCCGGGCAACAAGGCGACCGAACGGGUCAGAGGAAGGGCCAGAUUGGAGUCGACCAGUUUGCAAAAGACGCCCGUCAUCGACGAACAUCUCAAAGAUUACCAUCAACACAAACUGAAUCCGGGACAAGAUCCGUUCGACCUGAAGUACCAACUGUAUGCGGUGGUGAGCCACUCGGGUAUGCUGAACGGAGGCCAUUACAUCUCGUACGCGUGCAACCCGAACGGCAACUGGUACUGUUACAACGACAGCUCGUGCAGGGAGGUGCUGACGGACGCGCCGGACAGCGGACUGGGCAGCAGGUCGUCGCCGUACAGCGGCUGCACCCCGCUCAGCCGGAGGAAGAACAUACAACGGAAGCACAGCACCGCGAGCAGCGGAAACGGCACGAUAGAAACGUGCUCGUCGCCCAGUUUCGGGCGCAAGGAGACCUCGACGCCGAACGCGACGCGCAAGAACAGCCUGCAAAGCGUCAAGACGCCCGUCCUGCAGCGCAGAGACUCGAAUCACAAGCGCGAGAGCAGCAGCGGCAUCGAGUCGAACGCGACCUCGACGGAGAACGUGAGCAACGUGGGCGACUCGGAGGAGAAACUGAUGAGAGAGUCGCCCUACUCGUCGACCAGGUCGCUCUUCAAGUGUCCCUACGCGGAGACGAGGAUCCCGAAGAUCGACACCAGCACUGCGUACAUUCUGUUUUACGAGCGAUCCGGAUUGGAUUCGAGACCGUACUUGCCGAAAAUCGAUCCGAACGCCGCUCAAAACGUGCAAGUCCCCGAUUUGGAAGAGGACGAGGCACUUAGGAAGCAACAGUGUUCUAUUCAGUAGUGUUUUUUUUUUUUAUUGUUUCGGUUUAUAGUAUUAUUUAUUAUACACAUACACACACACACAUGUUAUAUAAUUCGUUUGUUGUUGUUGUUGUUGUUGUUGAUUGAUCGAACGAUCGAUCGAUUCAUUAUUAUUAUUAUUAUUAUGAUUAUGAUUAAUGUAUAUUAUGUUACGGAAGCGGAUGUGAUCACGCCUAAACCAGAUAUGCAAAUGCAGUAGUUUAUUGUUAUACAUAUACGUAUUUUAAUUGUGUAUGGUCGAACCAAAGAUAUUUUAAUUUGUAAAUUUUUGAACAAUUUUCUACGAAAUGUAUAUUUUAGUGUAUAUCUCUAUCUAUCUAUCUAUAUAUAUAUAAAUAUAUGCAACAAACACACACGCAUACACACACACACAAUUGUGGAUGGGCGAUCGGCAAUAUUCAGGUGCGUUAUUCUUACCUUGUCAGUUUUAUGUGUGUGUGUGGAAAUAACGCACCGUGUCACAUAUGAAGGAAGAUGCCGCAGGUUUUUAAUUGUUUGUUUGUUUUAAGAUAUGCCUAACUAGUCUGAUAUUUUUUAAAAUUCCACUAUAUUAUAUAUAUAUAUAAAUUUAUCGUAACGGAUAAAAAAUAAAUGUGUAAGUAAGAUGUGUUAUUUUGUAACACCGAAAUAUUCCAAUUUUAUGUAAUAAGUUUAUGGUGCCAUUUAUAAAUAAAAGCUUGUAUAUUGUUAUAUAAA